AUGGUGAUUAAGAUUCGUCUAGCGCGCUUCGGGCGCCGAAAUCUGCCCCUCUACAACAUUGUCGUCGCCCACGCACGCACGGCACGCAACUCGAAACCCCUUGAAGUCAUUGGCACGUACGACCCGGUGCCCAAGGCCGACCCGUACGAGACGACGCCUGGUCGUCUGCACAAGGACGUGCGCCUCGACACGCAACGCGCGCGGUACUGGAUCGGUGUCGGGGCGCAGCCCACCGACACGGCGUGGCGGCUGCUGAGCAUGGUCGGCAUUCUGCCCAAGAAGCAAUUUGGGCCGCCACGGCCGGAGGCGACCAAGGAGGUGAACCCGGGUGAGGUGCGCAUUCGCUGA